AUGAGCGUUACCGUUACCCCCGUCUCCAGAGCCGUGGAUCCAGUCAGCACAAAACACACGCAUACAGUGAUCUUUCUACAUGAUGGUAUCGACACAUUCCCAAAUAAGGUGCUGGGUAAUCGGAGCUCGAACGGCAAGACUCUUCCUGAAGCCUUUCCAAGCCACAAAUGGGUGUUUCUCUCAUCGUUUGUUUCAAUCGAGAACAACGAGGAGGGCAAAGAGAAUAUGAAGCCGUGGUAUAUAAGAUUCGAAAGGGCGGACUCGACCUACGGAGGCUUGCGUGAAAGCAUCGAUACCAUAAAAACGGCCAUCACGGGCGAGCUAGCCUAUUUGACCACCGAAAAUGUAAUUCUCUGUGGAGUCGGGCGUGGUUGCGCAGCUGCGAGCCGUGCACUCUUGAAUGGAGCAUUUACAAUUCGUGGCUUUAUCGGCUUUGGUGGUUGGCUAGGCUAUCUAGAUGAUCUAGGAAGUAAUCUUUCCAAUGGUCUGUUGAAUGAGAAACCUGCUAGACCUGGAGCACUAGUCAACACCUCGAGCCUGAAAACCCCCAAGAGCCCACAAAGCCACAAAGACAGUUCCACGACCGGUAGCAACCCACAAUUUGGUGACAACGGCGAACAACUCCCUCUCAGAGGACUUACAAUUCUCAUCGGCCAAUCAAGAGGUGACAAGAAUGUUUCGAGGCUAUCCGGGCAGACUUUGUACACAGCUCUGAUAAAGAAGGGUGCAAGUGGAAACCGUAGGGAGUACGACCACAACCUGUCUUCGGUCAUGUCGCGUGAAGGGAUAGACGAUAUGAUCGACUUUAUGAACGUCAAUUUCCCAGCAGACAGCAAAUGGUGCUGCAUUGUCUGA